GGCGGUUCCCAAGAGGACGUCCCAACUUGCUUCCAAUAGCCCUUCCGUAGCCAUUUUGGAUCAAGGCUUUGUAGCAAGUCUUGGCGUCAGUACGAUUGAGAAGGAGCUAUCCUGCAGGAGCAAUGCCAGGCACGAGCAAUGCAACUGGACCGAGAAAGACCUCUGGACUUUUGGCAAUGAUCGCAAGCUCGUUUCUCUUCGCUUUGAUGGCUCUCAUAGUGAAGCUACUAGGACGGUUUGGCCCGUUUGAGCUUGUGUUUUGGCGCUCCGUGAUCAUGUUCCCUUCAACACUCGGGUUGAUGUGGUAUCGGGGGAUCUACCCGUGGGGUGAGUCAGGGCAGCGAUUUUUCUUCAUACUUCGAGGAACAGCUGGCUUCUUCUUCAUGGGUACCUACUACUUCUCGAUCCAACAGUUGGCUCUUGGUGACGCAGUGGUUAUCACCUACACAAGCCCAGUUCUCACCGCGAUCGUGGCGGCAGUCCUCCUGAACGAACCCCUGGAGUUGCUUGAUCUUGCAGGCUCGCUGCUCUGCAUGGUGGGGGUGGUUUUGGUCAGCCAGCCUAGCUUCAUCAUGACAUAUUUUGGUGCGCAUCCUGUUCCAAUGCCUGUCGCUGGAGUAGCGGGCGCGUUAUGCUCCGCAAUGUUUGCCACGUCCGUUUCCAUCCUCUUGCGCUAUCGGAAGGAUCUGAAUCCGCUUGUAUCCACGAACUACUUUGCAAUUGUAGGCAUAUUCACAAGCCCAUUCUUCAUGUUGGCGUUUGGUGAGCCCUGGGUCGUACCAGACAGGGUCAGCGAGUGGUUUUUGAUGAUUCCAUUAGCUUUGUUAUCCGUCUUUGGACAGAUCCUCAUGAACAUUGGAUUGCAACGCGAAUCAGCUGGCAAGGCGACUGUCAUGAAUUACAUCCAGGUGGUUUUCGCGAAUCUGUUCCAAAUUACCCUUCUGCACGAGGAGACUGAUCGAUUGAAGGUUUCGGGUGCCGCGCUAAUUGCAUCUUGGGGCGCGAUUGCACUUUUCAAGGAUGCCCGGAGCAAAGGGGUGGAUCAGUCGAAGGCUCUCGAUUCAGACCUCCUGAGUAGCAGCCCCGUGGGGCGUUCGUCGUCGUCGUUCUUGGCCUCGAAGGAUGAGCCAUCACCAUCUGACGUUGUAAGGCGGGGCUCCAGCACCCUGAUGGCCGCCACGGACAGCCUGGGUGGCUCCGAGAGUUCCGUGACGCACCAGAACUCUUUCCACGCCGGCUGAGGUACGGCAGUGUGUCGGGGGCGGUUGGAGGGCGGCGCGCUCGACGUUUGCCGUGUUCCAAAGGACAAAGCACUUUCCAUAUUACAGUCAUGUUAGCCAGCGCCCACCCCAAGCACUGUGUUUCUAGCAGUAUCUCUUGUGCAA